AUGCAAAUCCCUCAGACCCACAGCCAGCACAAGGAGCUAGCAGAUCUUAAAAUCUCUUCGAAGUUCUGAAGUCUCCAGUCUUCUUCCAGGAAAAUGGGUUUUGUUUUUCCUCUGAACUUGACAGCCGUUGCGCUCCUUGUCCCUGUAAUCUUCCUGUUGAUCAAGAAAUGGAAGAAAUCCAAACCCGUUUCUGUUAAACUCCCUCCAGGCCCGAAAAAGCUGCCAAUAAUUGGAGACCUGCAUCUCAUUAGCGCACUUCCCUUUCGUUCUUUCAGAGAUUUAGCCAAACAGUAUGGCCCGAUUAUGCACCUGAAACUCGGGGAAGUUCCCACAAUUGUGGUUUCUUCGCCGGAAAUUGCGAAAGAGGUGCUUAGGGAACACGACCCGAAUUUCGCUGACAGGCCCGAAGCUAUUGCCAUGAAGAUCAUGUGGUACAAUUAUAUUGAUAUUGCUUUUAGCCCGUACGGCGACUACUGGAGACAGAUGCGUAAAAUAUGCAUUAUUGAACUCCUGAAUGCCAAAAAUGUCCGUUCCUUCAGUUCCAUUAGAAACGAUGAGGUUUCACGGCUGAUCAAAUCUAUUCGCCUCUCUUCUGGAGAACCCGUCAAUCUGACGGAGAAGAUUUUUUCAUUAACGAGCUCGAUCACCUGUCGUGCUGCGUUUGGCAAGGUGUGCAAGGAUAGCGACGCAUUGAUCAAGUUAUUGAAGGAAGGAAUUCAGAUGGCGGGCGGGUUUGAAAUUGCUGAUUUGUUUCCAUCCUCAAAGAUUAUCAAUGCUCUGAGUUGGAGUAAACUGAGAUUGGUGAUGAUGAGGCGUAAGCUGGAUGUGAUUCUUGAUGAUAUCAUCAAAGAGCACAAGGAAAAUUUGGCAAAAAUGGCGAGAGAAAGGAGGGGCAAUGGCGAGUUCGGGAACGAGGAUUUGGUUGAUGUUUUCCUGAGAAUUCAGGAAAGUGGGGAGCUGGAAUUUCCUAUCGGCAAUGACAACAUCAAAGCUGUUAUUUAUGACAUGUUCUCUGCGGGAACUGAAACAUCAUCGACAGCAAUUGACUGGACAAUGGCAGAACUGGUGAGGAACCCACGCGUCAUGGCCAAGGCACAAGCUGAAGUAAGAGAAUUCUUCAACGGAAGCGAAAUCAUCCAAGAAAACGAUGUUCAGAAACUGAAGUAUUUAAAAUUGGUCAUCAGGGAGUCUCUCAGACUACACCCUCCAGUUCCAAUUCUCCCCAGAGCUUCCAGGGAGGAACGAGAAAUCAGUGGUUACACCAUUCCUGCAAAAGUUAAAGUAUUGGUUAACAAUUGGGCAAUGCAAAGGGAUCCUAAGUAUUGGACCAAUCCUGAAACCUUUGAACCCGAGAGGUUUGAGAAUCAGUCCCUGGAUUUCUUGGGUGCAGAUUUUCAAUACCUGCCGUUCGGGACUGGAAGAAGAAUGUGCCCUGGAAUGACAUUUGGUUUGGCUAGCGUUGAGCUCCCUUUGGCUCAGCUUCUCUAUAGCUUCAACUGGAAACUCCCAGAUGGUGUUAAAGCAGAAGAUUUGGACAUGAUCGAAAAUCCUGGAAUUACAGCUUCAAGAAAAGACAACCUUUUUGUGGUCGCCACCCCGUAUGAAUCACUGGCUUAAUGGCAUAAAACCUCUUAGUCCAAUAACUACGACUACUUUCUUGCGUAAUUUGAGUUCAUCUUGUGUUUGAAAUUAUGCUUUCUUUUAUUCAGUUUGUUUUGAAUAAGUUUCCUAUAUAGGAAACAUCCAUCAGUACCAAUAGUUUUUGUCCUUUUUCAAUAUUUCAGGUGUAAUUAUUUGGAUUUAUUCUUAGUUAAUUUUUUCUGUUUUAAUUAA